AUGGCGGUCGUCUCCAAUAUGUCAGAUGGAGGCAACGAACUUCAGGAAGAGCCCAUCAGCGAGGAACUUUAUCAGCCCCAGAGAGAAAAUCAGCAGGUGGAGCGUAACCAGGGCAUCAGGGAGACUCGUUCMAAUCGCACUCGGCAUCAGCCAGAGUACGCAGCUUGGCUGACGGCUUCCUUCAACGAGCGCCUCAAUCCCUACACCAGCGAGCAGAGCUCUGAUUUCGACCUGUACUCAGUCAGGGAACCGAACGGCUCAGGCAGGGGACGGAUCCCAUUUCCCCCGACUGGACCCCCUCCGCCCUAUCCUUACGAAGAGGAAGUUGAGCAUCGCAGAGAUCUCUCGCGUGGUUCGAACUCGAAUCGAGAAACUCCUGCCAGGCGCUUCUGGAAUCGUCUUCGUCGAUCUGAGCGCAGGGUUCCACCUGUUGACAACGUCCCACGUCUGACUGAACAGCAGGCUCGUGCCACGAGCGACGCCCGUGAGCCUCCGCCAUACUCUCUAUUUGAGCCCUCUGAACAGAAUCACGGUGACGACGAUAGUGACAUCGAUCAAAUCGCUCAACUUCUGAGACCUAGACUCACCGUUGGCGACGAUCGAACCUUCGAUGAAUUCUGUCGCCUUAUGAGAGCUGGACGGCGUCAGGAGAGCAAUCAGCCACCACCAGCGCAGAAUCCUGCAGGCAACGACAACGACGGUGGCAUUAGUCAGUACUUUCAAUUUGUGAGCACUGAACGACACCUGGAGAGCAAUCACAAUCAGCCAAGUGCAAGUGCAAUAGAGGAUCUCCAAGGAGACCCUGAGCUCCCCCCAUACUCCCCAUCCGAAGAAUACGAAGGACAGCUGGAAGUCGACCCGUGGGAUGGACAGAACCCGUGGGAGUUCUAUCUAGCUGCUAUCGAGACUGCACAGAAUCCGCCAGAGGCCAUCCCGAUAUCCUCUUCAAGCGCCACACAGAUUGGCACCAUCCUACGCCGCGUAGAAGCAAUGGCGAGAUCUUCUUUUAGACGCAGGAGGGAUCCCUCGCCUCAUCAGUCCCGAACCCCUCCCCCUCUGCCGUCCACUGCGUCUCAACAAUCGAUCGAGACUGAAUGGAAGGAGAUAGCCUGCCACACCGCAAAAUGCGACAUGUGCAAUACACGCAAUGGAACGGGCAUGUCCCGCUGCGAGGGAUGCGGCUGGCAGGCAUGCUACGGCUGUAUUCUUGCCAACGGUUGCAGUCGCACGCACCGGGGAAACGGUCGCGUCCACACGGGGGCUAUCGACCAGACUUUCAUUGCGCGUAUGAGACGCGGCAGAGUGUCGGUCAAGAGGGACGAGGGUGAUGCGGGUCAGUUGAGGAAGGGACAGUCAAGCAAUCGAAAGAAAACGAAGAACGAGGAGUCGUCUUCGAAGAUACCAAGCUCUGCGGACAAUGAGAUCUUGAACGCGGCUCGGAACUUUUUGGCGUUUAGUAUUGAAGCCAUCGGUUUAGCCAUCCGGGAGGACGGCCUUGACCGAGAACAUUCACCUGACGGGGCGGCGCCUGGAGACGAGGAUGUUGCGAAUUUCUUGAGUAUGACUAGUCGAGAAUUGCAUGACUAUGCCCAGCAACAAGCCAGCCAUGCCCUUCAGGCUUACCUUGAGCGCAGGGCCAGAGAGACGGAUGCUCAGGAGAUUGGCACCUUCUCUGUGGCUCAAGCAAGUAUUGACGAGGCCACCCCAUCGGACAAGGCUCAAAGGGCCGGGCGUAUGCCAGCUGGUCGAUACAAGUCUUGA